ACAAAAAGACAAAAAACAACAACAACAAGUAAACAAGCUGUGUUGUCAAGCUGAUUGGAGAAAAUGAGGAUAAUUUGGAGACAGUCUCCUGGGCUUUUCAAUAGUCCCAGUGUCUUUGCAAUACUAACUAUAUGCCUCAUUGUUAGUACUGAUAUGGCAACGGCAUGGAAGAGGGAUAUGUGCACUCCUGGGGAUAUAUACAUGGACUCAAGAAAUCAUCCUGGCAAGGGGACUGGUUGCGAAUUUUGUGAGAACUGGUGCAGUAAACAAUGUUUGGAUUUACAUCUUCCUGCUGUCUCGUAUGGUUGUCUUGUUGCUGGUGAUAAUGAUAUAAGAUGUAAGUGUUGUUGUGGAAGAUCAUCAUCAUCAGUGUCCUCUUCCUCAUUGCCAACCCUUAUUCCUCAUCAACCUGAAUCCGAGUUUAACGGUGGAUGGCCACACGAUUACAAUAUUUGUGAGCCAGGUGAAGACUAUGACAAGAUUGAACGUAUAGAUGGAAGAUAUUGCAUUAAUAACCCAUCCUGUGAGGAAAAGUGCAGGGGAAAAGGGCGUUGGUUGACAAGGGCAGAGUGUGUUGCAGGUGGUCAGGCGGUUCCUAACCCUUCCUAUAAAUGGUAUGAACAGUGUUGUUGUGGGAAAUCCAAACCACCAUCUCCACCACCACCACCACCAACUCCUGCACCUCUAUUGCCACCUCCAACACCGCCACCGCCACCACCACCUUCGCCACCAUCUCCACCACCACCGUCACCAACUCCAGCACCUCUAUUUCCACCUCCAACAACGCCACCACCACCACCACCAUCAUCAGCCCCACUACAUGUGUCGCCUCAACCACCGCCUCCACCUCCACAAUGGUGCAAACCACCCAAACCUUCACUGUCACCACCUUCAUCUCCAUGUUUCCCUUUACCGUCACCCCCACCACCUCCAAAAAAUAUGUGCCAUUUUCAAGACAUUUAUGUAUCUAUUAACAGAGAUUGUGGGACUUGUCCAAGUGAGUGUAAGAAAAAAUGUUCUGGCAUGGAUAGUUCAAUGGUAACGCAGCGGUGCACAGUAGAACCUUGUUCGCAGCUUUGCGAGUGUUGCUGUAAAAACAACACACCACCAGGACCUCCCCUUUCAAAUUCUCCACCUUUGCAGACACCUCCAAUAAAGGAUUGCUCCAUCUGUAUAAGUGAUCAUUGUAAAGAAAAAUGCUCAGCAGGUGGAGUUUUAUUCCCGGAAUUGGAGUGCCUUUCUUCUUCCUAGUUACUGUGCAGAACCAUGCUCAACUAAUGCUCUAGGCUCAUCACUAUGCGCAGAAACACAAUAAAUAACCGUACGAGCACAUUAGUCUUUGCUGCUUUUUAACUCUGUUAACGUCGUUGUUUGUUAUUGUUGCGUGGUUGUGUUUAUUGUUUUUUCCUUUUUCCUGCCGUGUUUGUGCGCCUAUAUAAGG